AUGGUCUACCGUAUCUUCGUCGUCACAGCCUUUGGCUACAACAACUCGCCAGUCGUCACUGUUGCCUUUUUCUUGGUCCACGUGGCUAUUUUCACCAUGGUCUUGAAAAACAGCUCAAAUGGACUCACCUUCUUCGCCAAGAUCACACUUGUCAUUGUAGAGGUGGUAUUGAUUGGAGAUGCGAUGUUCAGUAAGACCGACGGUUUCCUCGUGUUCACCACCAAUGCGAUCACUCGUGCGCUCGGCUCAGAAAAGGGGUCCCCCCUGAACUACAUCUUCUGCCUGGACACCAUUGGUUUCUUCAUCGCCCUCCUCACUAUCUGGCUCCAACAAUGGGAGAAAAAGUACCAGGCCUCCGUUGAUCUCAUCGAUGACUCCAAGUCAGCUCCUCGUGUGAUCUUCGCCAAGAAGCUCACCGAAAAUAAGGAUGGCUUCUUCGAGGAGUCCUACGGACACCUUCACUUCCAGAUGAACGGGAGAACUCUCGCAUCGUAUUCGUACUGA